GGUUGUUACACUGGUGUCUCUGAGGGGUAGAGCCGGAGUCGUGGGCUUCUGGGCCCCGAGGGAGGAGGGGACAAGGACCUCGGACUUGUAGGUCUGAGGAAGGAGGAAGCUCGGGGUCCCGAUUACUGGUUCUGAGGGAGGAGGGGGCUGGAGACCCGGAUUCCUGGAUCUGAAAGAAGAGAAGACUAGGGACCUGGAGUUUUGGGUCCGAGGGCAGAGAUGGCCAGACGCCAGGAAUACUGAGUUUGAGGGAGGAGGAGUUUGGGGAUCCGGACCUCUGGGUCUGAGGGAGGACGGGGCUGGGACCAACCUUCCAGGCUUCUGGCUUUCCUGGCAACGCCCCCCAGGGCCGGGCUUCCAGGAUCCAGCCCCUAUUUACCGUUCGACCCCACGACCUCACCGGACUUUGAGGUGGAUAGAAGCCUGGAGUGAGUGACAGAGGGAGAGACAGUCUCACGCGGAAUGGCAACGGGAACGCGCUAUGCUGGGAAGGUGGUCGUCGUGACCGGGGGCGGGCGCGGCAUCGGAGCCGGGAUCGUUCGAGCCUUCGUGGAAAGCGGUGCCCAAGUGGUUAUCUGUGACAAAGAUGAGUCCGGGGGUCGGGCGCUGGAGCGGGAGCUUCCUGGCACUGUCUUUCUGCUCUGUGAUGUGACUCAGGAGGAAGAUGUGAGGACCCUCAUUUCUGAGACCAUCCACCGUUUCGGCCGCCUGGAUUGUGUAGUCAACAACGCUGGCUACCAUCCACCUCCGCAGUGGCCCGAGGAGACCUCUGCCCAGGGCUUCCGGCAGCUGCUGGAGCUGAACCUGCUGGGGACGUACACCCUGACCAAGCUCGCCCUCCCUCACCUGCGCAAGAGCCGGGGGAAUGUCAUCAACAUCUCCAGCCUGGUCGGGGCAAUUGGCCAGUCCCAGGCGGUUCCCUAUGUGGCCACCAAGGGGGCAGUAACAGCCAUGACCAAAGCCUUGGCCCUGGAUGAGAGUCAAUAUGGUGUCCGUGCCAACUGCAUCUCCCCAGGAAACAUCUGGACCCCACUGUGGGAAGAGCUGGCAGCCUCAACGCCUGACCCCACAGUCACAAUCCGAGAGGGCAUGCUGGCCCAGCCCCUGGGCCGCAUGGGCCAGCCAGCGGAGGUGGGGGCUGCCGCUGUGUUCCUGGCCUCCGAAGCCAGCUUCUGCACUGGGAUUGAGCUGCUAGUGACUGGGGGUGCGGAGCUGGGGUAUGGGUGCAAGGCAGGUCGGGGCGCCCCCGUGGAGGCCCCCACCAUCCCUUCGUGAUCUCCCACAUUUCCACUUGGGCCUCCCUGACUAGGGCUCUCCCACCCAAAACUCAGUCUCCCAAAUUCCAGUUUUCCCCCCCCAACUCUAGACAUCAAGCCCACUUACCAAUGUGCCAAACCACCGCACAGGUUCCCAUAAAAGCGCUCUGCAGCCAGAA